GCAGUAGGAUGUAGUGGAAAUCAAAGUCGUAGUCAACGUAGAUGUGGUCGUGUCGGUGACCGUCUGUGUCGCGGUGGAAAGAGCGGUAAACGUGGUAGUAACUAUGGAAGUAAUGAAGGACAGCGACGUGGAAACUGAAGUCGUGGUACUGGUCUCUGUGGCCGUAGAAGUCUCCUUUAUGGUGCGUGUGAUAGGUGGGAAUGUUGUGGUCUCCGUGGUGGUAGAAGUGCUUAUGCUUGUGACAGUCGACGUGACGGGAGGAGGAAUGCUAGUGGUGGUGGAUGUCUCCGUGAUCGUGAUCGGCACAUACUGCGUGAUAGGCGGAAGCGUGGUCGUGGCGGUGCUCACGCUGACAGUCGUGCUCGUCUCCGUCGUUGUGCUUGUAUCUGUCUUUGUCGUCGUGCUGGUAGAGAUUGCGGUGGUGGUCAAUGUGAUGGAAGUCGUCGUCGUAGAUGUCUCCGUGCUAGUAACAGGAGGCAAGAUCGAGAAGGAUGUGCUAGUGACCGUCACAGUGCUCCUGAGUGUGAUAGGCUGCGGAACAGACGUUAUGGUAGUAGUCGUAGUGAGACUGGAGUAGAGGGUUGUCGUGGUUGGAGGAAGAGUGAUCGUCAGCGGAGAGGGACAAGCAAACGGAUUGGAUGUCGUCGAAGUUAAAUAUGGCGUUUGAAUGCUGGAAGGUAUGACGAUAAGGACUCAGGAUUUGAGCAUAGAGAAAUGCUGGUGGCACUUACACGAUACCAUCACGGGUAACAGUGGACGUUGCGAUGUAAUAAGAAGUUUCAGCCCGUACAGGAGCGGCAGGAGUUGGACGAGGGACGACAAGGGUAGUUUGCCCAGCAACUUGAUAGGUAACUGCGAUUAAAAAACCGGCAGAUAGCAGAAUAAGAGUCGAGUGUUCAUAAGAGAUAUUCCGAUUAAUCUCAC